AUGCACGAAUCUAUGAUGGCCCAUAUUGGCAUGGACCAUGAGCAACACCACAAUCCACAAGAAAAUGGAUACGGCGGUGAAGGUCAAUGGCAGGAUAUGGGCAACAAUUACAACUCUUCACAGCAUCAAUCACCAAUCUUUGAAAAUAGGAUUCAAUAUGAAUAUAUGAACCAGCAUCAUCCAAUGCCCACUGAGCCUCAGUAUCCAAACCCAAGAAUGGCCCCGCCACCGCCGACAUAUCCCACGCAUCACCAGCAACUGCUUCCUCUCAUCAUGCCAAACCAUCCCACGUGGCCGAGCAUGUUGACAAAUCCUGCAAACUCUCAAGCACCACCUGUGGCGAUUCCUCCUGCGAACUCUGGUAAACCACCUCCAAAACUACCAACUAUCCAUGCUACUCCGACUCCAAGGAAGACGCUCACUGAUAGUGAUCGAAGACGGAUGUGUCAAUAUCAUGAGGACAACCCUACUGUCAAGCAGACGGAAAUUGGAGCCAUGUUUGGUGUUGAACGAAGUACUGUUUCUAAAGUUUUACGCCAAAGAGAAAAAUAUCUUUUCCCUGAAGACCGAAGCUUAUCUCCAGUCAAACGAGCCAAAGGAAAGUUCCCUGAUAUCGAGAGAGCCCUAUCGAAUUGGGUGCGAAAUACCCAAAAGCAGGGGAUUCCUCUUACCGAUUCUGCGAUUAAGGAGAAGGCUAGAUUUUUUGCCACCACAGUUGGUAACAAUGAGAGUCACCUAAAGACAAAUAGCACAACUUGGCUAGAAAAAUUCAAGCAAAAGAAUGGGAUCAGUCAUCUCAGACGAAGAGCUUCCGCGGCCGAUAUUGGUAGUCUUUCCGAACGCAUGGCGCUCAACAUCGAUUCGAGCAGAAGUUCCGGAUCACGAACGUCUAAUGGUGUCUCACCCGCUUCGCCAUUACAAUCCCCCUUGCUAUUAGCAUCCGCUAAGAGUAGUGAAGAUCUCAGAUCUCAUCAUAUGCAUGAUAGUUUGAACAGCUAUUUCGAUUUCACCCAAACAGCUAGCUACAAGCAACACUCAAAUUCUCACAGCACAGCUUCAUUGUCUAGUGCCUUUACCGACAACAAUGCAUCGUCGUUUUCAGGGGGGCCAACUAGUCCUACAACACCAUUUGCAUUUUCUCCUGAGGGAAGUACCGGAUCUUGGAUGCCAUCUCAGCAAUCUCGGGUAACACAUCAUUCGACGAAUGGAAAUGGAAAUUCUAACACUGAAGACAAUAUCAACCAUGGGAUGGAUCCAAAUAAUCCUGCUAGCAACUUUCAACGUCCAAGAAGCCAGACUUUCCCCACUUUAGCCAUUGAUCCUUCGUUCAUUGCCUCGCAAGGCAAUGAUCCUAUAACGCCAAAGUAUAAUUUACCGGACACAGCCCCUUCAUCAGCCGUCGAAUCGCCGGUACAUGAAUUAGGCCCUCCAUUUGGCUUGGAUUCUGCAAUUUCGCCAAGGUCUUUACAUCAUAGCAGUAGUCAUAGCUCUUUGGCUCCUCCACCGGCAUCACUUACUCCAAUUAGCGGAUUGCAAUCACCUCCACAUCUCUCAACACCAAAUUCACCUACCCAGGAUGAUGCACGCCGGGCGCUUGAUACUUUACUGAAUUUUUUCCAGCAAGCUCCGACUGGAUUGGUGGAUCAAAAUGAGUAUCUGACGGUUCUUAAAUUGACCGAAAAGUUGCGAAUUCAACAGCAGAAUCCAGGACCCUUACCAGGUGGUUUGCAUCGGAUUUCGGAACAGGACGAUUGCGAGAAUCAGCCACAAAAUAUGAAGAUGGAACAGUCUACGGCCUGCUAA